AUGAGCACGGAAGUGGUGCUCAGCAUAGAAGACAUCCAGAACGAAGCAACAAAGAAGCUUCCCAGGUUCAAACGAGAGUUCUUCAACUCCGGCUCCACCGCCCAGGUGACAGUUCACGAAAACAGCACGGCAUUCGCAAAAUACCGUCUCCGUCCUCGAGUCCUAAAAGACGUUUCAAAGGCAGACACCAGCACCAGCAUACUCGGAGGCAAGAUUUCAUUUCCCCUCUGCGUAUCUCCAGCCGGACUUCAAGCCAUGGCACAUCCAGACGGAGAACUUGCCACAAGCCGUGCUUGUGCUAAGCGGAAGAUUCAUAUGGGCGUAUCGUCUUUUGCGAAUUACAGCGUUGAGGAGAUCAUCAAGGCUGGCAAUGACACUGGACCAAUUACACACGUGAUGCAGUUGUACACCAUGAAAGACCGAGGACUGCAAACUCGGAUCAUCAAGCGCGCUGAGGCUGCAGGCUGUGUAGCUAUCUUCUUAACUGCAGACAGUCCCGUGCUUGGCGUUCGGUACAACGAGUGGCGAAACGACUUUCGAACUCCUGACGGACUGGCUUUCCCGAUGUUGGAGAGAACGUCCGAAAUGAUUAUGGCUCAGACUCAUGAUGAUGGGUUCUUGUCGUUGACUUCCGAUUCGCAUUCUUGGGCUGAUGAUAUUCCUUGGUUGAGGAGCCAGACCAAGAUGGAGAUUUGGAUUAAGGGUGUACUUACUGCUGAAGAUGUGUUGCUGGCUCGCGAAUAUGGUUGUGACGGGGUCGUUGUGAGCAACCAUGGUGGUAGGCAGUUGGAUGGAACGCCAGCUACUAUUGACGCAUUGCCUGAAUGUGUGGCAGCAGCUGAAGGGAAAAUCAGAAUACAAGUAGAUGGCGGGAUCAGAACAGGGCAAGAUAUCUUCAAGGCCAUUGCUCUGGGAGCUGAAUGCUGUUGGAUCGGGAGACCAGCAAUUUGGGCAUUGGCUUACGAUGGUCAAAAGGGUGUUAAGAAGGCGCUCGAUAUCUUAUAUGAUGAGUUUAGAAGGUGCAUGAUGUUGACAGGCUGUAAGAACGUGUCGGAGAUUUCUAAAGCUUCCCUCGGCAUUGUUCGAGCAGAUGGUCCCUUGGCACGCCUAUGA